GAGGAGGAAAUCAAGAGAGCGCCCAGAUGAUCCGUCCCUGCUGUUCGAAGAAAGACUGACCCAGAUCGAGAUCUAUUUUGCCUCUAGCUGAUCUGUGCAGACGUCACAGCAUGUCUUUCUGUCAGUUUUUGGGCGGCGAGGUCUACAAGGAUCAUUUCAAACCAGGCAUGUAUGUGUGCUCCCAGUGUAACCACCCACUGUUCUCCAGUCGGUCCAAGUUCGCACACUCGUCUCCCUGGCCAGCAUUCACUGAAACCAUCAGGGAGGACAGCGUCACCAAGAUGAUGGAGACUCUCACUGCCUACAAGGUACUGUGUGGCAAGUGUGGCAACGGGCUGGGCCAUGAGUUUGUAAAUGACGGCCCAGAUGAAGGAGUGUCACGCUUUUGAAUAUUCAGCCACUCGCUUAAGUUUGUCCCCAGCAAAGGCAAGGACAAACAGUAAAGAGCGAGGUAAGAGUUUUUCACUCCAGCUGCUGUAUCUGCUGCUCUGUCCAGACUGUUGAACAGGCCGGGUCAGUGUAUGACGUGGACAGGGGAAAGGCCUGAGAUGGACGUCCUGUCCACUGAAGAAUCUUUGACCAGCCUGUGGCACAGUGACAGGACCACACCUCUGCAAAUAUUCCUUUGAAUACCUCAUUUUAAUAUAUAUUAACUCAAAGAUUAUGAUUCCCUCACUCUUGAUAAAAUAUAUCAGUAUAUGCAUGUCAUUUUAGCAAGAUUUAACAAGGUUUUUGAGAUAUAGAAAAAUUAGGCAGUUUUCAUUCAGCAGGCGCUCGCCAGUUAUUGCUGUUAUCUCUUUUUUUAUCUGUUUAAUUUUACAUUACAUUUUACACUGUUGCUGGUGUCAUUUGGCUUACUCCCAUUUACUUCACUAAGGUAAAUUUAACCAUAUUAUCUAUGCACUGAAGAUUGUCAAGAUUAACAUAUCAGCUAAAUUUUUGUCCUUUUUGUUAAUGUACUGUAAGCAGGUUUACUUGAAUAAAUAAAUUUAAUAAUAAAUUUUUU